UCUCUCCAUCCCUACUUGCCCUAAUUUCACCAAAAUCCUCCUAAUUCACCUGUUUUAGAAUUUCCAUUCUCGUUUUCUCUCUCUCUUUCUCUUUCUCCAAAUUUGUGUAGCGUUUAAUCAUUAACAUUAUUGUCCUUCAACCUUUGGUUCCAGUUUAAAAUAUUUCGACCCAAAGCUGUACUGAUCAUGGAGAGAACAAAUAGUAUAGAAAUGGAUCGAGAGAGAUUAACGGCGGAGAUGGCGUUUCGAGAUUCAUCAUCGGCCGUUAUAAGAAUCCGUAGACGUUUGCCGGAUUUGUUAACGUCCGUUAAGCUCAAAUACGUGAAGCUUGGACUUCACAACUCUUGCAACCUCACCACCAUUCUCUUCUUUCUUAUCAUUCUUCCCUUAGCCGGAACCGUGCUGGUUCAGCUAACCGGUUUAACGUUGGAUACGCUCUCCGAGCUUUGGUCUAACCAGGCGGUUCAACUCGACGGGGCGACGAGACUCGCCUGCUUGGUUUUCCUCUGUUUCGUUUUGACCCUCUACGUGGCUAACCGGUCUAAACCGAUUUAUCUAGUUGACUUCUCCUGCUACAAACCGGAAGAGGAGCGGAAAAUAUCUGUGGAUUCGUUCUUGACGAUGACGGAGGAAAAUGGAUCGUUCACAGAAGACACGGUUGAGUUCCAGCAAAGAAUCUCGAGCCGGGCCGGUUUAGGAGACGAGACUUAUCUGCCACGUGGCAUUACCUCAAAACCGCCGAAGCUGAAUAUGUCGGAGGCACGUGCCGAAGCUGAAGCCGUUAUGUUCGGAGCCUUAGAUUCCCUCUUCGAGAAAACCGGAAUUAAACCGGCAGAAGUCGGAAUCUUGAUUGUAAACUGCAGCUUAUUCAAUCCGACGCCGUCUCUAUCGGCCAUGAUCGUGAACCAUUACAAGAUGAGAGAAGACAUCAAAAGCUACAACCUCGGAGGAAUGGGUUGCUCCGCCGGAUUAAUCUCAAUCGAUCUCGCCAACAAUCUACUCAAAGCAAACCCUAAUUCCUACGCUGUCGUGGUGAGCACGGAAAACAUAACCCUAAAUUGGUACUUUGGAAAUGACCGGUCAAUGCUUCUCUGCAAUUGCAUCUUCCGGAUGGGCGGAGCCGCGAUUCUCCUCUCUAACCGCCGACAAGACCGGAAGAAGUCAAAGUACUCGCUGGUCAACGUCGUUCGAACACAUAAAGGAUCAGACGACAAGAACUACAAUUGCGUGUACCAGAAGGAAGACGAGAGAGGAACAAUCGGUGUCUCUUUAGCUCGAGAGCUCAUGUCUGUCGCGGGAGACGCUCUAAAGACAAACAUCACAACUUUAGGACCG